AUGAUUUAAUGCUAACAGUCAGAUACACCGCUCCGUGUGUGCGGGUGUCGCCAUGUCAGGACUGGUGUUUGAUGUAAAGAACAUAACAAUGUAGCUUAACGGUGCUCCGCUGUAAUGUCAGCCCGGGCACUGUAACGUUAGCCUGCGCGGCCCUGCUCGGUGCUCACGUCCCCGUGCGCCGAACACCGCACACAUCGCCAUAUCCCUCCACCUUCAGCGCCGGGCAGCAGUGGACUCCUGCGUUAAUUAGUGCGCUCGGUCAGAUGACAGGUCCGGUGGAGGCCGCAGCUCCGCUCCGCUCCGCGGCUCUCAGCUGCGACCUGUCCGCACAGACCCCUCCAGGACACAGCGCUCACCUCCCCCCGAACCUCCGCGGCCAGCGGCUGCUCUAGCGGAGGAGACGAUGGAGACGAUCCGCGGACAUAACGAACAAGAUGUCAGCCAGAGGCGGAAAGAAGAAGGCCACCAAGCUGUCCCGCUCAUCCAGGGCGGGCGUCAUCUUUCCUGUGGGGAGGAUGAUGAGGUACCUGCGCACUGGCACGCACAAAUACCGCAUCGGCAUGGGGGCGCCUGUCUACAUGGCAGCGGUCAUCGAGUACCUGGCAGCUGAGAUCUUGGAGCUGGCAGGAAACGCAGCACGGGACAACAAGAAAGGACGAAUAACUCCCAGGCACAUCAAGCUGGCUGUGGCCAACGACGAGGAGCUCAACCAGCUUCUACGGGGGGUGACCAUAUCAAACGGAGGGGUUUUGCCUCGCAUCCACCCGGAGCUGCUCUCAAAGAAGAGGGGGGCCAGGGUGAAAGUGGACCAGUCAUCCAUCCCUGAGAAACAGGAAGAGCGCACAAAGAGCAAGAAGCCCGUCAAAACCAUCAAGAAGGUCAAAGGCAAACGAGGCCGAAAGCCAAAGAGCACAGACAACGACAAAGAGUCUGCACCAAACUCCACAGCUGAGGACGGUCCUGGAGACGGAUUCACCAUCCUGUCAGCGAAGAGCCUGUUCCUCGGACAAAAGCUUUCACUAACAGAGAGUGAAAUCAGUAAAAUUGGAACAAUCAAGGUGGAAGGGAUAAUUAACCCGACAAACGCAGAGAUGGACCUCAAAGACGGAGUUGGCAACGCUCUGGAGAAGGCUGGAGGCCGGGAGUUCCUGGAUGGAGUGAAGGAGCUGCGGAAAGCACAGGGGCCCUUGGAGGUGGCAUCAGUGGCAGUGAGCCAGGCCAACGGGAUGGCAGCGCGCUUUGUCAUCCACUGUAACGUCCCCCAGUGGGGCUCGGAGAAGUGUGAAGACCAGCUGGAGAAGACGGUGAAGAACUGUCUCUCAGCAGCAGAGGAGAAGAAGCUCAAAUCUGUAGCUUUCCCUUCACUUCCUGCUGGACGGAACGGCUUCCCAAAGCAAACCGCCGCCCAGCUCAUCCUCAAGGCCAUCUCCAACCAUUUCGUGUCGUCCACCAGCUCCUCCCUGAAAAACAUUUACUUUGUUCUGUUCGACAGUGAGAGCAUCGGAAUAUACCUUCAGGAAAUGGCAAAGCUGGACGCCAAGUGAGGAUUCCUGUUUCAGGCAUUUGUUUUUCUAAGUGUUGUUUGUUGCUGAUGGUGUAGAUAGGUGACAGUAGGGGUUUUGGUUCUGUCUUGGUUAACGAGGAAUAAAAAAAAUAUUUGUGAGUGGAGUGUUGUUCACGUUUAUGUUCCACUGUCCCUUCAAGAGAUUGCAUUCUUUCUAGAUUAGAUAAUUUAAAUCCGUACAGUUUGCUGUUAUGGUUCCUUGUUUCACCGAUGUUUUUACAUUCCAUGUACAAAUAUAACAGUUUUUUUCCUGGCCUCUGUAGUUUCUGAUACAGUUAGUUUACUAAAAAAAAAAAAACUGUGGUUCUCAUUUUGCUUUGAAAUAAAAACCCAAAUGUUUUACACCA